AUGUAUCUAUCUAUCUAUCUAUCUAUCUAUCUAUCUAUCUAUCUAUCUAUCUAUCUAUCUAUCUAUCUAUCUAUCUCCGUGUAUGUACGUAUGUAUGUAUGUAUGUAUCUAUCUAUCUAUCUAUUUCCGUGUAUUUACAUGUACGUAUGUAUGUAUGCAUGCAUGUAUGUAUGCAUAUAUGUAUUUAUCUAUCUCCAUUCACAUUUAUCUAACUCCGUUCACAUCUAUCUAUCUAUCUAUCUAUCUAUCUAUCUAUCUAUCUAUCUAUCUAUCUAUCUAUCUCAGUGUAUUUACAUGUAUGUACGUAUCUAUUUAUUUAGCUCAGUUUAUAUCUAUCUAUCUAUCUAUCUAUCUAUCUAUCUAUCUAUCUAUCUCAGUGUAUUUACAUGUAUGUAUGUAUGUAUCUAUCUGAAGUCUGUUCAGAUCUCUCUCUCUAUAUAUAUAUCUAAUGCUGUCUUCCUUUUUCGUUCUUUCUUUGUGCCUCCUGUUAUCCAUCCCAUGUCUCUGCUCCUCCCCUGUUUUUAA